AUAGUAGAGAUAAUGGAGACAUAGCAUGUGAUGGUUAUCACAAAUAUAAGGACGAUGUUAAGCUCAUGGCAGAUAUGGGCUUAGAAGCAUUCAGAUUCUCUAUCUCCUGGUCAAGACUUAUACCUAAUGGGAGAGGACCCAUUAACCCAAAAGGUCUAUUGUUUUACAAGAACUUCAUCAAAGAACUAAGAAAUCAUGGAAUUGAACCACAUGUUACACUUUAUCACUAUGAUCUUCCUCAGUCUCUUGAAGAUGAGUACGGAGGAUGGAUCAACCGCAAAAUCAUAGAAGACUUCACUGCUUUUGCAGAUGUUUGCUUCAGAGAGUUUGGGGAGGAUGUGAAGCUAUGGACUACAAUCAACGAAGCUACAAUAUUCGCCAUUUGUUCUUAUGGCGAAGGAAUCUCACCGCCUGGACGUUGUUCUCCUAACAAAUACAUCAAUUGCUCUACUGGAAAUUCUUCUACAGAACCAUAUAUUGCAGGCCAUAACAUGUUGCUAGCUCAUGCCUCCGCUUCCAAGUUGUAUAAACUAAAGUACAAGAGUAAGGAGAGAGGAUCCGUAGGCUUUAGUAUAUUUGCAUUCGGGUUAUCUCCUGAUACAAACUCCAAGGACGAUGAAAUCGUAACUCAAAGAGCUAAAGCUUUCCUCUUUGGUUGGAUGUUGAAGCCUUUGGUAUUUGGGGGCUAUCCGGAUGAAAUGAAGAGAACCUUGGGGUCGAGGUUACCGGUUUUCUCAGAGGAAGAGUCGGAGCAAGUGAAAGGAUCAUCUGACUUUAUUGGAAUUAUUCACUACAUAACAUACUACGUCACAAACCAACCGGCUCCUUCUAUCUUUCCCAGCAUGAACGAAGGCUUCUUUAAAGACAUGGGCGUAUAUUUGAUCCGUAAGCUUGGGUUUCUUUCAUCAUCAAAAUCAGUAGAUAAAGCUUCUCAACUCUUUUUAACUGUGAGUGUUCUUGAGGAUCUAAAGCAGAGCUAUAACAAUCCUCCGAUCUACAUUCUUGAAAAUGGUAAACCGAUGAAACACGAUUCAAUGCUACAAGACACACCAAGAGUUGAAUACAUUCAAGCUUACAUCGGUGUUGUGCUCAACGCCGUCAAAAAUGGAUCGGACACGAGAGGUUACUUUGUAUGGUCGAUGGUUGACGUAUAUGAGUUAAUGGCUGGAUAUAGAACCAGCUUCGGAAUGUACUAUGUGAAUUUUAGUGAUCCUGGUCGCAAGAGGUCUCCAAAGGUUUCUGCUUCUUGGUACACUGGUUUUCUCAAUGGUACAAUUGAUGUUGCUUCUCAAGAUAAUAUGAUUCAGUUGCAGAGAAACCUCUCAGGCUUUUCUUCACUGUAAUUAAUGUAACUAUUCUAUGAGAAACAGUUCAGUGAGUUGGCAAAUGGAUUUUUUAUAAGAU